ACCCGUUCAGUAAUCAAACAGAUAUUACCGUACUUCAUCAAAUAAUUUGUACUAAAAGUAAAGUAAAAAUGCUGCACACUGAAUUAUGGUUAACCUUUCUGUAGUGUGGUAAUAAAACAACACUGCGUAACACAUUUUUUUGUUCAUGCGUAGUGUUAUUUUCUAAUUGCUUAUGCCUCAAAAGUACUGAAAAUUGCUAUUCCCCACAAAUUUUGCUAUUGUGACCAGGACAGUGAUAUGUAGAAAUUUACCUAUUUUCCAGAACAUUCCAGAUAGAUUCAGUGCUGAGUAAACUUGGAGUAACUACUAGAACAUUCUAGAUCUUUCCAGUAAUAUAAAUAGAAGUAUAAAUAUAGGGGCCUUAAGCCCACCAGUUCAGCUUAGUUCCAGCUGCCUAAGUGGAUAUCUGCAUUUUUCUGAGAUGGCAUCAAGAGGAUGCAAGCAUCCGGCAGACGCAUUUUGCUAUGUCUGUGGCCAAUUUAUCAAGACAAGAGCGAAAAAGUACUCUGUGGAAGCAUCUGCUAAGAUGUGUGAGGCCUACAAGGCAUAUUUCAGCAUGCCUGUUGGGGAUCAAGACAAACCCUGGGCACCUCAUUUCACCUGCGAGCAAUGAAAAAAAACUCUGGAAGGAUGGUACAGAGGGGAAAAGAGUGCCAUGAAGUUCGCUAUUCCAAGAAUUUGGCGGGGACCCACUGACCACUCAAGCAACUGCGACUUUUGCAUGAUGGACCCUUCCAAACGUUGGACUGGCAAGAAUGCACCUGCUAUCACGUACUGUGACCUUCCUUCAUCCAUCGCCCCGGUGCCACACUGCCAUGAGCUCCCCAUACCCACUCCUCCAGAGAGAGAGCAGCCGUAUUUCGAAGGGAGCAGCAAGUCAGGGAGCGAGGUAGAUGUUGUAGAUCCAGAUGACAAUUUCAGAGGUGGAGCUGAGGAGAGAAACCCAUACUACCCCAAACAAAAAGAGCUCAACGACUUGAUCAGAGAUCUUGGUCUUACCAAGUCCAAUGCCGAGCUUUUGACACCUAGGCUCAAGCGGUGGAACUUGUUGGAUAAAAGUGUGCUAGUUGUAGAUCAGAGGAAGCAUCACCAACCUUUUUGCAGCUUCUUCACCCGUCAAGAUGGGCUCUGCUUCUGCCACAAUGUGACCAGUCUGUUUGAGGCAAUCGGAAUCGCCUGUAAUCAGAAUGAGUGGCGCCUCUUCAUUGACAGCUCAUCCAGGAGCCUCAAAGCCGUGCUGCUCCAUGAUGGUAACAAGUACCCGUCUCUUCCUCUGGCUCACUCGGUGCACCUCAAAGAGGAUUACAACAGCAUCAAGACCUUGCUGGACGCCUUGAAGUAUAAUGAGUACGGCUGGGAGGUCAUUGGAGACUUCAAGAUGGUGGCAUUCCUGAUGGGUCUCCAAGGCGGUUUUACCAAGUUUCCCUGCUAUCUUUGCCUUUGGGACAGCAGGGACACCAAGGCGCACUACCACAGACGGGACUGGCCACAGCGGACCGAGUUCUCUGUGGGGAGGAACAACAUCAAGUGGGAUCCACUGGUGCUGAUGCCACCACUGCACUUCAAAUUGGGCCUUAUGAAACAAUUUGUCAGAGCUGUAGAUAAGGAUUCUAGACUUGAAGCUUUCGUGACUGCAAGGAAUCAUAUUCUUAGGUGUUUUCGGUAAAGUCACGUAGGUAAAACAUCAAAAUUAAUAAAAAUAAUAAAAUAUUAAUUUUGAUGUUUUACCUACGUGACUUUACCGAAAACACCUAAGAAUAUGUAGAUAAGGAGUCGGCAGCCUUUAAGUACCUUCAAGACUUCUUCCCUAAGCUGUCUGAGACAAAGGUCAAAGCCGGUGUCUUCGUCGGACCACAGAUAAAGAAGAUCCUGGACUGCAAUGAAUUUCCCAAGAAGCUCACUCGUAAGGAGAAAGCAGCGUGGAACAGCUUUGUCGCAGUGGUUCGUGGCUUCCUGGGCAAUCGCAAGGUCAAAAACGAUGUGAAGAACUGCGGCACAAUGGGCUGUAGGAUGUCCUUCAAAGUCCAUAUCCUUGAUGCUCAUCUUGAUAAACUCAAGGAGAACAUGGGAGCAAACUCGGAGGAGCAAGGCGAGCACUUCCACUUGGAUAUACUGGACUUUGAACGCCGCUACCAAGGACAGUAUAACGAGAACAUGAUGGGAGACUACAUUUGGGGGCUGAUUCGUGAAAGUGAUUUACAGUAUAAUCGUAAAUCUCGAAAAACUACUCGCUUGUAAAUAUUUUGUAGUAAUUUUUGUAUUUAGUAUAAAUACAUGUUAAUUGUGAUUCAUAUGUUGUUCUUUUCUGACUUUAUGUGAACGAAAAGACACAAAUUCGACCCGUUAUCUCAUGGAAAAUAGGUAAAUUUCUAAAUAUGACUGUCCUGGUCACAAAAACAAAGUUUGCGGGGAAUAAUAGCCAUUUUCUAUACUUUUUAGGCAUAAGCAAUUACGAAAUAACACUUACUACCCAGGAACAAAAAUUGUGUUACAUAGUGCAAUCAUUGCUUAAACCACUGACUAAUUCCUGGAACCAAUUAUGAUUUAAAUGGGAUUAAAGAACCUCUAAAGAAUUGUUAGGUUUAAAGCUGUGAACCAAAACUCAUUUUAACGUACUUGUAUAUCUCGCUGUUCAAUUCUAUUGAGAUAUUAAAUAUAAUGUCAACGAAUGUUUUCCAAUAGGAGGUACACAUAUACAAACCUACAAAAAUGUCUCGUAAGUCCUCCUUUUCUCCUGUAGAUUACAAACAUGUUGUACAACAUGUACACUCAACACAAGGAGUGGCUUUAAAAGUUGUAUAAUCUCCUGUAGAUGUAGAUGCCACUGGUUCUUCACGUUCUGCAUAUGUAGAUGCUGCCACUGCCAUCUAUUGCGCGGCGGUUGAACUUACGACUCUUGGUCCUAACAGACAACUGGACAUACGGAGAGAUUUGUUAGUAUCUCUGAAAGUUCAUAAAUCGAAUGUUCGUCGGUAGAGGUGACCAUCUAAUGCUAAAUUGCAGCAUUGUUGCACUAUAUUUCCCGGCUGGUUGGCUGACUGGCGCGUGGGCAGGCUAGUUCCCGGUGAUGACGUCUAAACUAAACUAUAAACUAUUUUUAUUUUACCAGGUAAGGCCCACUGAGCGAUGUCAGUUCUUUUUCAGAAACGACCUGGCCACAAAUAACAGCUCAACGGAGUGGCUGUUCGUGUGGAAAUGUAUAGCAGCCACAUGCCCGAAACGCGUGUUUCUAAAUGUGGAGGGAAAAAGUGGAGGACCCGGAAAAAAAUUCACGCGACCAAGGUGCGUGACGUCAUUUAUGGACGGCCCCAUACGUGGAUGUACAUACGGGGAUCGCUAAUCUCCAGAGUAAAAAAAAAAUCUGUUGUACGACUUUUUUUAUUUGGCCUAAUAUUUUUAUUGCCCGUACUGAAACGGCUGUACGCCGUAUGGACCUGAAAACUCAAUGUCCCUGUGUAAGAAUACGGGGUGCGGGGGUGGUAAACCGCGUGGGUGUAACAGCUGUGCCUUUUGUCUCCUGCGAACUGUGGCGAACAAUAAAGUGUUGUUGUUAUACUCGGGACCACGUGGUGCGGUGUCACGUGCCCCCAGCAUGGCGGCGCCCAUGGUGACAUGCGUGUCCUCGGCCAUGCAGCUGUAACUGAGCGCCGCCACUUGCUUGGCGAUUAAUCCGCGAUCACCGGUACUCGCAUAAUGCUCGCGACGAAGAGAUUACCAGGAGCGCUGUGGCUGGGAGCCAGGUUGCGGGGAAUAGUGAGUGCAAGGUCGCGAUGUGCGGUCCCCGGUGGCCCGGAACAGCCGACGGACGCGAGCACCCAGCAGUCCGACAGGCUGGGCGAGGAGAUCAUCUCCACGGCGGAGCGACCCAGAGGGGAGUUCUCCCAGUCGGAGGUCUCCACAGCGGAGCUAGACAGGGGGCCGCUAUCUUCAGAGGAGCACCACACGGUGGAGGUCCCCCUGGACGAGCUCUUCACGGCAGAGCAGCGGGCAACGUUGCUGCGGACUUUUAACGAGGCGUCGGGCGUGGAGCUGGGGGCCAUGCGCGCGCUGCGGGGCCGCAAAGGCGCCAACGUGGCCGCGUUCCGCGAUGAGCACGGCCCCUUCAGGGACCUGGACUCGCUCACCAGGCACGGAGAGCACCGACCCAGCUUAGUCCCCUACCUGAAGUACAAGUCGCUGUUCAAGGCAUGCACCGUCCUCCUGCAGCCCAAGCUUAGCAGGGAGGCGGCACGGCAGAGCAAACGGCUGACCUUCCUCAAGCCGGAUGUGAGCCGCGAGAGCCUCGAGACCGUGCGGAGCGUGGUGUCGCUGGUGUUUGGGAUGCACCGCGUGGCGUGGGCGCACGUCACACGCUCGCUUGACGUCCUGGCCUGGCAGCAGCGCCGCUGCGAUACCAUCAGGACGGGCAGCUACGCUCCCAACGUCUACUACGAGGAGCUGCGGGCGACGGUGGCGCUCAUUCCCAAGGCGGACCUGUACGUGCUGGAGCGGCCGAGCCUGCCGCCCGGGAACACAAGCCUCUUCCCGGUCGUGCUGCACCUACGUAGCAUGGAGACGACGCUCUUCAGCCUGCUCUCGCUCAGGGAAGCCGCCGCUGCUGCCGCCGGGACAGACGUCGCGGUGCGUGGUGGCACGCCGAACGUGCGUUCGUGUCGACACGACAAUCCAUGGACGGAGCCCCCCACCACCGUGCCACCCCCACACCCCCGCGUGCUCGGCAUGUCACGCUCCGCCGUGGGCCAGCAUUUCCAGCUCAUGCUGGGGAGCACCAAGACGAGCGGGCGUGAGGUGGUACGCCGCCUGUUGGACGAGGUGCUGCUGCUGGAGCGGCCGCGCGUGCGAGUGCCGUGCGCCCUCGCGUCUGCGCGUGACGGCCGCGAAUGUGAAGAGAUGUGCGAUGCGUUGCUGCAGGCGCUCGCCUUCCUCGAGCUGGCGCUUGGCCCUGCGAACUGAGCUGUGGCUCAGAAAAGAAAUUCCUCUCUCUCUCUCUGGGCUAGAGAGAUGCGUUUGGUGCGGUUGCAAAGUCGAAUCUUAAAUGGGAUUCUUGGCCAGGGUCAUAACUAUUGAAGGUGCAGGCGGUGCAGCCACGGGCCGGCCGGAGAGACCCAGGGGCCGGGAGAAUUGUACAGGGGACCCCACUUAAUUCCUUGCACCAGAGCCCCUGCUGGCCACGCUACGUCACCAUUCCAGAUACAAUAGAUUUGGAUGUUGGCAGCCCCAGACUCGAGUCAUCUCAGCUGCAGAUGCUCCACACAGCAGCAGCAGUGUUCUGCAGCCUUCAUCAGGGCACGAUGUUUGGGUUCCUAGCUCCAUACACGGAGUUGGCUAUGUCACCGAGGCUGCCCCUCUCAGCAGUGCAGCCUUCAUCAGGAAAAUGGAGCCGAGAAUUGCCGUUCCUCAGCUGUCCAUGCGCUGACACCAUCUGUUUAAGUUAGAGGCUGAGAGUAUUUUUUACAGUAGAUUGUAUUUAGACCUCUAGCCAUAUUGGCCAUUGUGCUUUUAUUUAUAUUUGUGAAUCGUGCCUGCAUCACUCACAUCUCGGUUAUGUACAUUCUACCUUGUCAUGGCUAGAAAGUUUCUGGGGAUGCCAGUAUAGUUAAUACCAAGCACUUGUAAUGAUGCUGUAUAAAUGUCGGUAUUCCACCAUCCUGACCACAUCUAAAUUUCAGCUUUUAUAUUUCCCCAUACAAGACCGUGUGCAUGUGAUAGAGGAUAAACUGGUAAUUUUAUAUGGAUUGCACAGACACAGUAGCAUCUCGACUCAAAACUCAUUCACGACAUCGUAAAUAAAGGAUGUGUAUAUACAUUGCAUCCUGUUGGUGAGGAGGCUUGGUCUCUUUUUAGCAGUCCUAUCGAUUUUCCAAAUACAGUAACUUUUCAAAAACGUGAAGCGUUAUUGAAUGAAAGUGAAUUGGAAAGCCGGUGAUUGACAAGGCACCCUGUGACACCGUACACAGGAAUACAACCACUGUGACCACGUUUUAUCCGUGAAACACCAAACGCACUUUCCCUUUAAUGAUGAACAAUAUAUUGUGUUGGCCUCGUUAUUAUCUGUCCAAAUUAGUGCCAUUAAAAACCCUCCACUACCUAGCCCAGCGAAACAACGCACCAUUUCUUGUUUCAGUUCACUCGCCGGAGAAUUGAAAAACCCCUGAAACCAAGAUUUAGCCAUCCGAUACAUGAUUGCUCUUCAUGUGAGAUGGCACAAUAAUAAUGGGCACGUUAAACACUUGUACAGAGUGACUAUUAAUUUGUUUAGGUGUUGGGUGGUGGAGGGUUCUUAAUGACAGAUUUGGUCGUAUCAUACGUGACCAUAAUCACAAAUCAACUGUAAAUCUGAUAAUUGGUUCUUUACCCUUCUAUCUGGCAACAAAACUGACACCUUUUUGC